CCACAGUCGCCCUGGCACAUGUAAUCAUGUGUGCUGUGCAGAUGCUCUUUCAACUUCCCAUUUCUCACUUCCUCUUCUCCGACUCCUUCCCCGCCAUUGUCAUCUCCGACAUAGGAGUAAAUUAAUGUUGUAGAUUUCAUCUGCAUUUCAGUAUCCCAGUCCGAAUUGAAUCUUCUUCUCUUCCUUUGCCUCUGUAUUGGGUUAUACUAUAUUGGGUUUUUGUUUUCAACACAUAUACUGAAUUGGGUUUUAUUUUUUUGGCUUUUAAUCAAUCAAAUUGAUCAUUUUGAUGGUGAUUUAAAUCAUGGGUUUUUGGGUAAUCUUUGAUUGUUGAGUUUUGGGUGAUUUUUGGGGCGGAAGAUGCGGCGAAGGGCUGCCGAUCUUCGGCGCCGAAGAAAGAUUAUCAAUUGGAUCUGGACACUCCUUGGAUUGUUUUUAUUUGUUGGGAUUUUUUUGUUUUUUGUUCAACAUAAUUAUCAUCAAGAUCAUGUUUCUCAGCCGACACUGGACAAAGAUGACAUAAUAGAAACUGUUCGGGAGCAACUAAAUUUUACCGAUCAAUUAUUAAGUUCAGGUUCAGUCGUAAGACAAUUAGCUGAUCAAAUAACCCUAGCGAAGGCAUAUGUUAUCAUCGCGAAAGAGCACAACAACCUUCAGCUUGCUUGGGAACUCAGCUCAACGAUAAGAAGUUCCCAACUUCUGCUUUCAAAAGCUGCAAUAAGAGGAGAACCCGUAUCAUUAAACGAAGCCGAACCUAUAAUUAAGAGCCUUACCUCUCUUAUCUUCAAGUCACAGGAUGCACACUACGACAUAGCAACCACAAUAAUGACUAUGAAAUCUCACAUUCAAGCACUCGAGGAGCGUGCACGUGCAGCAACUGUUCAGAGUGUCAUUUUCGGACAGUUGGCUGUCGAAUCAUUACCGAAGAGCCUUCAUUGCUUGAACGUUAAACUGAUGGCUGAUUGGCUGAAGCAGCCGUCAUUGCAGACGCUAGUGGAGGAGAACAUGAAUUCUCCCCGCCUUUUGGAUAACAAUCUGUAUCAUUUCUGCAUAUUUUCUGAUAAUUUGCUUGGUGUUUCGGUAGUUGUCAACUCGACCGUCUCCAACACUGACCAUCCAAAGCAGCUCGUCUUUCACAUAGUUACCGAUGGUGUCACAUAUGGUGCUAUGCGGGCUUGGUUUCUUAGCAAUGAUUUCAAAGGCGCAACAAUACAGGUUCAGAACAUCGAGGAGUUUACUUGGUUGAAUUCUUCUUACUCUCCGGUUCUGAAACAGCUGCUUGAUCCUGAUUCACAGGCCUACUACUUCGAUGGGUUACAAGAUUUCGGAGGUGAGCCCAAGGUUAGGAACCCGAAAUACCUGUCGUUAUUGAACCACCUUCGGUUCUAUGUACCCGACAUUCACCCGCAGCUAGAGAAAAUAGUUCUCCUUGAUGAUGAUGUGGUUGUCCAAAAGGAUCUGACCCCACUUUUCUCAUUGGACUUGCACGGAAAUGUGAAUGGAGCCGUAGAAACUUGCCUCGAAGCAUUUCAUCGGUAUUAUAAAUAUCUCAACUUUUCAAACCCGAUAAUCAGCUCAAAGUUUGAUCCUCAGGCUUGUGGAUGGGCAUUCGGCAUGAAUGUUUUCGAUUUGAUUGCGUGGAGAAAAGCAAACGUAACUGGACGUUAUCAGUACUGGAUGGAACAAAAUCAAGACCGAUCAUUGUGGAAGUUGGGUACUCUUCCACCCGGACUUCUCAGUUUUUAUGGACUCACCGAGCCACUUGAUCGACGAUGGCAUGUACUUGGAUUAGGGUAUGAUCCAAACAUCGAUAACCGUUUGAUAGACACUGCAGCUGUUAUUCAUUUCAAUGGGAACAUGAAGCCAUGGCUUAAAUUAGCCAUUGGCCGAUACAAACCUCUAUGGGAUCGAUACGUGAAUCAGAGCACUACGUACCUUCAAAAGUGUGUCACUAGUUGAAUACCGGAAUAUUUUUGGUUGUUUGCUGAUACGUUCUGCAGUCUAAAGCACCGGAGCUUGCAAUUCAACGAAUUGUAGAGUCAGAUGGAAUUUCGGCUUCAUUAGGAUCUCGUAUUGGUACACUCUUAGUUCCUCAAUUUACAUAUACUUCUAUAUAAAUACACUAAUAGAGGAAGUUGCUUUUAUAGAUUUAGGUGGCCAUAAAUUGUACCAUUCAUUUUUGGCUUGUGGAAUUCAUAAUUUUUGGCCUUUUAUAUAGUUGUAGAUUCUUAUUCUUAUUUAUUUUGUAGCAAUGUGUAAUAAAAUCACAAUUUUGGGUAGCAAUUGUAAUUGUUCUUAUGAUAGAUGGAAACCCUCUUGUUUUUCAUAUGUUGAGUUGAUACAAUGGUACGGUUACAACCUUUGCAA